AUGAGAGGCAUUGCGUUAAGGGGUCAAAGAGCCUCAAGGCCUCAACCCCUGAUAUGUCAAUUCUGCCGUUCCUCCGCAUCCCCGGCAUCCCGGCCACGAACCCAGUUCACGCGAUCUUUUGCAUCAACGAGACCAACUAUCUCGAACAGAGACGUGAGGCUAUGGAAGGCCAGGAAGAGCUUGAAAGACCAUUGGACUGCUACACAAAUCAUACCCUCUAGAUUUGCAUCGAACAAGCCCGAGACAACUACUCCCCGAGAUCUAGAAGAUGCCUUGCGACGGAUCACACACGAUUCAGCCGAGCUCCGACAAUUGGAUUCUGUGCCCUCCAACGAGGCAAUUGUGGGACUCCUUCAGAGAUGUGAAGAGAUCGCAGAAGCUCUUGCACACCACGAGCAAGACACAACAAAGAAAGGAGAUAAUGAGAUAUCCAACCUGCUUGACCUAGAAGAAAAGAGUGCUGCGAGAAAACGCGCCAAAUCACCGAAAAUUGCGGACCCGCGACUAGCCAGUGCUCUCUCCGAGAUCACCUACGAGCUUCUGACGGAUGAAAAGGUGUUUAUUUCCCCGGAGGCACUGGCCUGCUACACUAAGGUUCAGUGUUUACUCAAGCGUGCCGAGCACUUUCCGGAGAUCUUUCAUCUAUAUGCACAUAAGCCGGUCCCGGAGGAGAAUAGCUCCCCUGUUAAAUUCCACAAGGCGAACCCCAAAGACAUUAACAGUGCUAUCCCCACCGAACUCGCCAACAUGGCUCUAGAUGUCGCUAUCGAGCAGCGGAACCUGUCUCUCGUUCUCGCGAUCAUUGAUAGUACGUUUUGCGCUCCCGCAUUCUCCCGCGCAAAGGUCUUUAAGAAAGCGGCUGUGCCUCUCGGUGGGUUGGCUGCUGCACCGGCUGCUUGCUAUGCCAUUGCAUCCUGGGCUGCGACCCUCCAGAAUACCAUGGAUCCUGGCACGGCUACAGGCAUUGCGUUCGCUGCGAGUCUUGCAUACGUGGGAGGUGUAUCAUCAGUGGGUAUCCUGGCUAUCACCACAGCCAAUGAUCAAAUGGAGCGGGUAACAUGGUUGCCUGGUGUCCCAUUGCGGCAUCGUUGGCUUCGGGAAGAGGAACGAGCGGCUUUGGACAGAGUCGCACUUCAGUGGGGGUUUAAGGAUAUCUACAUGCGUGGCGAGGAAGAGGGAGAUGAGUGGGAAAACCUACGGGAGUUUAUUGGCAUGAGAGGAAUGAUUCUAGACAAGACGGACUUGAUGCCUGGUAUGCAAUGA